AUCAGUUUCUCCGUGCUCAGAAUUUGUGAAUUACUCCGUUAUAUUUAGUACUGACGGCUGGCCGGUCACGUGACGCGUGUGAACUACAUACAGCAUUAUGCCGUCCAACGUUCCCAGCGUCUUGGCCUUUGAGAACUCGGGGAAUCCCCUAGUGACGUCAUCGCCGCCUUCCGUCAACGAGAAUCACUUUUUGCCGGCAUCGCAUCAGCUGUCAACUACAGGAAUUCACCCUUCGGCGUCUGGCUUGCAGUCCACGACCAGUCAGGUGUCUUUGCUGGAGUGGCCACGGUCGCCGUCCGCCAUGCUUCUGGUCACCGGAAGUCGUGGGACGCUGGACAAUGACUGCUAUCUGCUGGCUUUGACUCCGUUGCCCCACCACAACAAUGAGGUCACUACCUUCAGCCCCCCGUCAGCUCUGAGGCCGUCAAAUCUGGACAUUGGUCAGCCUGGAUCGCCUUUCUCCUCCAGCACUGGCCCCCAGAGCCCCAGUUCCCCCAGCUCUCCACAGAACUCCACACUCAGCAGAGACAACUUUAAGAGGGGCUCAGCCAAGCAGAGAAGUGUAAAGGCCCCGUCUGCAAAGCGAAACCCUGACUCCCAGGUGGUCAAGAGAGGCUGGCUGCACCGCUUGGAAAGCAGUGGUUUGUCAAAAUCUAAAGCUUGGAAGCAGCGCUGGUGCGUUUUGGCCGACUUUGCUCUUUUUCUUUAUAAAACGGACGGGGAGUCUCAAGCCCUGACCUCCAUCCUUCUGCCCAGUUAUCGCAUCAACCCUUGCACACAGGAGGACGGGAUCAAGCGGAACUUUGUCUUUAAGGUUGAGCACGAGAACACAAAGACUCUGUAUUUUGCCACAGAAGAUUCCUCUGAGUUUGCCUCGUGGGUGUCGCUGCUACGCCAGGCCGCCAGCAUGAACGGCACGGCGGGGUUCCUGCGAGAGCCAAACAACAACCAGCGGCCUCCAUUUAUAAAAGGCAGAGACGACAGUAGAAUGGCUGGCGGCCCUCAGUUCUCCAAUACUGGGGGUCCAGCCUCGUACGGAGGAGAACAUCCAAGAAGUUCUAUGGGGCCGAAUCCCCCCGGCCGUGAAGGGCCCCCUCCUGGCAGCGACAGAAACGGGAACAUUCCGCGUGGCGGCCAGCAGCCUCAUGCAACCCAGUCACCGAGCUACCAGGGGUAUGGGGAUCCUGCCGCCAGUCCUUUAGAAGGGCCCAAUGAUUUCUCUCGUGGCUACGGAAACCCUGGGUACAGUGGUGGUGGGCCUGUUGAUCCGCAGCGACGGAGCGUUGCCAGUAAUCCGGGAGGUUCCGCCCGGAAUUCUAUGGCCAAUGCUUCGCAGAGAGGCUCCCAGGCUUACCCGUCUCCUUCUAGUAAUCAAGAUUACUCACCAGAUUCCUUUCAGCCCCACUCUCUCAACGCGUACCAGCCUCAAUCCCAAAAUAACGGUCAUGGUCCCCCGGGUCACCACGGGGCUAACUCUGGCUAUGAUCCCGAGGGUUAUGGUUCGAAUGCUGGACUGAAAGACUACAGAGAUCCGCAGAACCCUCAGCAUAGGCAGCACCACCAGCAGCCUCCUCUGAGGGACGGUUUUGCUCCAGAUUCGGCUCGCAACAGCUUUGCCCCAUCAGACAGCAGCCGGGGCGGACAGCACUCAUACCAUCCGGCCCAAGUGGAGAGGGAGCGGAUACAGCAACGGUUGGGACAUCCACCUGCGGAUAGGUAUCCAGGCCCAGACACGUCAAGGGGUGAUCCAAACAGAGAUUCUUAUUCUGAUUAUCAGGACGGUUCCCCGAAGCAGUUGAACCCAUGGGACAAGAACUUCCCCCCAAAUGUCCUUGAUCAGAUGAAGCAUCGCUCAUUCAUUGAUCUGGCAGACAACCAAAGGGGUCGUCAGCCCGGGAAAGACAGAACGUUCAAUGCGAGGAGUAAGUCGCACGAGAAUUUCUCACACUUCCCCGACUCACAGCAGCAGCAAGAACAACAACAACAAAGACAGCAACAUCCUCAAGCAGGGAAUACAGAGAGAGACGGGUACGGCCAGAUGCCACAAGGCGAUGGACAGUUCCCCCCGCCUGGAGGACGGCAAAGUUGGGCAAAGGAAAACCGCCAUCCUGGUUCCCCCGCUGGUUCUCAGCGAAGUUCGAACCAGUACAGCCCGGGGCAUGGGGCUGCACCUCUACAGCAGCAUAAUCGCCAGCCGAGACGAGAGGACUUCCAGUACUCUUCUGCUCCACGUCUAGACGCAAGAGGCCCAGGUGGCUACCCAUCACCCCAUGACCUGAACGACAGGAAUAGCUCUCAUCAUCAGCCAUAUGGGUCGGGCCAGUAUCCACAAGGUCAUGGUCACCCCCAGCAGGACCGGCGGUCUUAUGCGUCUGCGUCCUCGUCCGUCGGUGGGAGAGAAGGUUAUGGACACUCUCCGUCGAGCAGUAGCCACCCGGCCGGACCCCCUUCCCACCAAGAAGCAGCAUCACCAAUGUCAAGAUCAUCGUCAAAUCCCAUGUAUUCAGGGUUUCCGCAGCAGCACCAUGACUCGAGGCAGCAACAUUUUGCACCUCAGAGGGCGGGGCAACAGGAUUCUGCGUAUCCCCCUCCGCAACAACAGGUGCCCCAUCUCCCGCUAGACCUCAACGCCUCUCAGAUGUCGUCGUCGCACACCCCACCGCAGUCAGGACAUCACAGCAACCCGCACACCUACGUCAACUUUCCUAGCCGGGACCAAGGUCAGCAGUAUCCCCAGCAGCAAGGUCAAGGUCACAACACGUCCCAUGACUCGUCCGGUGACCCCUCCCCUGGCCGACCUCCGUAUCCCGUGGCAGUUCGCCAGCAGCUGGUGGAGGAGAUGGCCCAGAAUAAGCCGCCAACGGCUCAGAGAGACCUGCUCAUCGCGACACAGAUGAACGCUCAGCGCAUGCAGCAGCCCUCUUACUUCCAGUACCCGUCACCUCGGGAUCAGUACGGCAACAGAAUUCCACAAGGGAUGGACCAAGCCGACAACGCUUCCCUCCGCAAUCCACCGUACCAGGAUUCUCCCAAGGACCACAGACGUGACCUGCCCAAUUCCAGACUGUCGUCUGCCAGUCGGGCUAGCCAGUCGUCUCGUGGCGGGGACCGAAAGGACAGCCCCCAGUCCCCACCAGACUCCUUCACCCGCGACAUGAUGGACCCGGAGGCACAGAAAUUGAGAGUGGCUUACGAGCGCGUGCAUAGUUUGCGGAUGGCUCCUGAUAAAGCUCCUCCAAAGCGGAAACCGGCCCCGAUUCAGACGGUCAAGGAAGAUCCCAACAUGUCGGACCGGGAGAUUCUGGAGACAAACCUCCAGAAGAUACAGAAGAAGAAUCCGCUGAGCGGCCCACGGCUGAGGAUGAGCAUCUCUGCUGGUGACCUCAUUGGCAAGACGCACGACGAACUGGUUUUGUUGCUGAUACAACUGCGAAGGAACCAGGCGGCGCUGGAAAAGACCCGCGACUUUUACCGCAGCCAGACCGAGCACAAACGAGCUGCCGAGCUGGAGUACCGCAAACAAGUCCAUCAAUAUGGUGAGGUGCAGGACAGGAGGUUGUAUGAACAACAUCAAGCUUAUGUGGAUGCCAGAAUGCAGAUGGAAGAGGUCGAGAAUAAGCUGGAGGUGUACCGACCCAUCAUCAACCUGCUGGACAACAUGGUCACUAUGGGCAGUCUGUACGGGGGGGAUAACCUCAUGCUGGCCACACAGUACAGGAAGCACUUGUUACGACCAGAUCAGUACCAGCCGCCCAAGAAGAUGCUGGAGUUCUCUCGACAGCACCAGGAAGAUCGCCUCAUUCAGGAGACCCAGGAAGAAAUCAAACAACUUUCCUCAGAUGAAGUCGACUUGGAGGAGAAGAUUGAUCGUCUGAAUGAGCUUGACCGGCUGCUACAGGAGCAAAGCUUCAAAGUCUCCAGUUUCAAGCAAGACAAGGAGCUGAUGGAGAAAGCACUGAACGGAGUUCUGAAGCAGCAGGAACAGAACCCCAACGACCCCCGGGAGAUGAGAUGGCUGGGACAGCAGCAGAGGAUACUGGAGAAGGAAAUCUCUCGCGUCACUCAGCAGCUGGCUGAGGCUUCCAAGGAGCUGGAGGAGACCACGGCUCAGAACAACAAACUGGAGCACGAGGUGGCCCUGCUGAGGACCAAAGUCCACGGAGAACUCACCCGCAGUCGUAGUGCACCCUCACUGGCGUCGGAGAACGCCCGCACCAAGAUGAAGAUGGAGAAAGAACUGGCCAAGGUAGAGGGCAUCAUGCAGGGCUUGAACAAGGAAGGGGCACGACUCUCACAGGCCAUGAACACACUGCGGAGGUCCUCGUCAGGGUCGCAGCUCGCAGCUGCUCUCGAUAGAGAAGAGGCGGAGAGAAAGACAGGAGGAGGGACAUAUUUGCAGACAGAUCUGGACUCGGGUGAACAGAUCGAUUUGGCCGGGAUGCUGGAGGCGGGUUCUGUGGAGGGAGACAACUCUAUGCCCAUCAUCAACCACCAGAGACAGAACGCCAGCGCCUCGGAGGAUUGGGACAUGGACGGAGCCGACGAGAACACCAAGCGAUUUUUUGGACUGAUGCCCAGGGACAAGCCUAAGGGCCAGACUGUGAGAGACGUGAAGCGACAGGCGGAGCAGCGCAAGGAGAGGGAGAAACACAGCCGCAGAGAUGACGAGGAGUUUGGAGAAGAAAUCAAAUUGCGAGUGAGCAAUGUGGAUAACGAGGUGAGCUCCAUCAUCCAUGCACGCAUCCCCGUCAAUUCAAGUCUGAACAAUAACCACGCAACAGCUGCACCCGGGGGGCAGUUUGAGAACAGCGCACAUCCUCUCUAUGAGAACUUGCCUCGCUAUGGCUCUGUUCCAGCGCUGCCAGACAGCCAAUCAGCUUCCAGCUCUCGUCGCUCUUCUAUUAUCCUGAUGGCGCCGAAGCCGUUCACUCCAUACCAAGACAAGUCAUCAAGGCCGUUCCGCAGUGAGCUAGCCCUCAACACAGAUCCAGACUCUCGGUUUGGUGCGGGAGAUGUAAUGACGAAACCUGACAGUAAUUUAGACAGGAACUACCGCAGUGAGGAGAUUCUCAACGAUAAUUCUGACGGUUUCAUGAACAGCCAGGUUGGCAAGGACAAGGAGGAGAUCAAUCCGUAUGUGAAUGAGAAUCCGUACAUGCGGAGUGCGUACGAGAGUGACCUUCCUUUGAACAGUUUUGGCAGUGCUCAUCAGCUGAGCUCGGGAGAGUUCCACGCCAAGCCGUUCUUCGCUCACCAGAGGGCGGUCAGUGAUCUCGGAGGAGUGAGUGACCCCAUGAUGACCUCUACGGUGGCUAAUGAUGUUUACUCCUCACACAACACAGGGCUGGACUCAGGGUCUGCAUCUACAAAAGUCAAUAAUCUUGACAACGGACAUUCUCGAGCGUAUGUUCCCAGACCGUGGUCAAAACCAUCUGCCGAGAUUGACAGUGAUUUGUUUAAUAUGAAGAGAAACUCACGCGGACGAUUCCCGACCAUCUCCAGUAGCCAGCCUGUUAAGAUGGAAGGCUCCUCCUUCAUGCACCCGACACUGCACAGCACGGCUGGAGAUCUCAUCCUCAACCGAUCGAUUGAUGAUGUUCCCGACAUUGUGAAGAGCUCGCAGACUCAUGUUGACGGCAUUGAUGAAGACACCAUUGACAGGGAGAUUCUGUAUGUGCCAGACAAGGUUCUAAUCCCGGAGCGCUACGAUGCUGAGGCAGACGCGGAGCAGCUGACGGCGGAGGACGAGGCUCGGAGGCAGGAGAAGGCUGAGAAGAUUAAGAGAUUGCUCACUUCACAGAGUGUUCUGUCCAUGUCGCAGCCAGACAUCAGUCAGCUGGAGUCUGGUGAGGUCCACUCCCGUGUCCAGCAGGAGAAGAAGGAGCGGGCUCACUUCCUGGCCCUCAGUCAGCAACUGGCCAAACAGGUCACUCAGCAGACCAAGAAACAAGCAGCGGAACGAAGAAAAACAUGGUCAGGUGGUCAGUUUGCGGAAAUAAAAAGGCAGUACGAUGAAGAAAUGGCCAACUCUCCCAGCUCUCCCUUGCGGAGCCCGGACUCAGUCCGACAACGGGCCGGGAUCACUCUACACAGCUUGACAUAGAGAAAUUUCUAGAGCAAGGCUAACGGUUUCUCUCUGCUUCGUUAAAGGGAAGAAAGGGAUCCUGGAUUCUUCUGCUCAUUAAACGGUUUUUGAGUACAAAGCCCGUUACAUUUGUUGUAGAUGUUGCAUGUGUACAGUGACAGCUAGCGAAGUUCUAUUUCAUUCAUAUUGUUCUUCGUGGGGAAAAUUAUGUCUUCUGAGGAAGAUACAGUCCAUAAUCAAAGUACUACUCUUUUUCUACAAAAAAAAUUCUCACCUUUUCUUUUUCUUUGAUGUAACUUCAAGAACAAUUUUACUGUACUGGCUAGAGUGUAUAAAGUAGUCGUAUUUUACAAAAUAUUUACAUAUCAAUGUAUAUUCCUUCUCUUACAAAAUAUGUACAAAUGUGCGCAGUUCUACUACGCAAAUAUGGCAAAUUGUUAUGAUAUUCAGUUUUCUUGCUUUGUAAUUUUUGAACAACGGGAGCCCAGGGUCAAAGAUCACUUGUGAGUGAAAGGAGACAAUGUUGAUUUUCAUUAUGGAAGUAUCUACAAAUUGAGACAAACAUCGUAAUCAAGUGUGUUCUGUCUACAUUGAGAACGAUAUGUCCUUCCAUUGUGUUGUUACGCCGCUAUUCAAAGUUUGCAUAUAUUGAAUGCCUCAACUAGUUUUAUCUUAAGAUAUGUCAAAGUUGGUGGGCAAUGACAGGUGGAGUCUAAAAUUUCUCCAGAAAUCGUUUUCAAUAUUUGCCAGUGGAAUAUGUUAUGUAGAUGUAGGGUACAUAACAAGAAGAAGAAGAAGAAAAAAAACAACAACACUUUUAUGGUUCUGAAAUAAUGAAAAUGAUUGAUGGGAUCAGAGAGAAUUUCUCUCAGUCUUCAGUCAGAUAGACUGUCCUAAAAACUGUAAUUUUGCGGCCUGUUAUAUGGUGUGUUGUCUGGUCUGUGAGAGUAGGUGAUGGGUCUGUAGCCCAAUAAAUAAAACUGAUAAACAAAUAUAGAGAAUUGUUGAGAUAAUCGUUUCUUUCUGCUUUUCUUCAUACAGUAUUCUUUUUUUUUAGGUUCUGUGAAGUCAAACAAAAACAAUGGUGGUUUAUUUUUUCAAACCAGAAGAUAUACGCCCGUUGCACCUCCUCCUUCCUUCCCCCCAAAAGAAAAAAAAAUAAAAAAAAGAAUGAGGUUAAAGCCAUACUUAGAAAUGAAUUUUUUUUGUUGUUGUUGAAAGUUGAUUAUCAGGUUACUGCAUAAGGUUGCGGAGUUUUGUAGUAGACUUCUCUGUAAUAUUUGUAUGCUCCCAGGUCGUGACCAAACUUUCACAGAUGCAGGAAGCAAAAAUGCUGAGCUGAUACAGUGGUUCGUCUGUGUUUUUUGUUCACAAUGCUUUUAAGAGUAUUAUUGUUCUUCUACAUCUUGAUUUGUGCGUGCAUUUUUGUAAAUAUGAUUCAUGAUCAAGCAAUUUGUGUUCAAACUAACUAAUCAAGUCUGUGCCAGUAAGUGGAUAUGUUUCAUGCCGUGUGUGUGCUUGUUUUUUUCUCUCACUUCAAUGUUCUUUUAGUUAGAGAAACUGUGACUGAGAGCAUGUGCCACCUCUUGUGAAGGUUGGGCUGCUUCCUACGUUGUGUUAUUAAUAGUUACGUAGAUAUUAGUAUCAUCAUUUUUGUUAGAUUUGGUGAUACCAACUUGUUAAAAUGUAUUUUGUCUUAGUUCUUGCUUUUUAUACUCUAUCUGUACAUAUCGAAUUUCAGAACCUCUUGUGGUGGUGUUGAAUGCUGGAGUAAUGUUAUUACAAAGAGGUUCUGUAUGCAGAGAACUACAUUCACUUUUAUUUUUGUAUAGGUUACUUAAAUUACAAAUGAUACUUUCAGCCCUUGUGUUGUAGGCUGUUUCAGGUUCCGGUUUUAUCUAUCGCAUUAAAAUGCCACGAACAUGGGCUUUUGGUCUUCCAGUCUAUUGUUAAGCAUUGCUCAAUGAAUGGCUAUGUUGCAGGUGAUUCUUGUUUGAAUCUCCAACUUACGUAUUAAAAAAAAAACUUUUUCUGUGGAUCGAG